AUGCCACCGCCGACUGGGGCAAAGCAGGCGGGAGGCGCGCCUCUGCCUGACUCCCCCGCUACCCCCCUGCUCACCCUAUCACGACGGCUCCUCCUCUCCCCCCGCACUUCCCGUGCAUGCAACUCCCAGGGCAUGUCUGGUGGCGCACUCAGCAGGCGGGAGGCGCGCGUCUGCCUGACUGCUGCGCUCCCCCCCUUCUCUUCCGUUCACCCCAAUCCCGCUUCCCCCCAUCUUCCCCCAUCCCCCUUCCCUUCCCGCAUCCUCCUUCCCUUUCCCCAUCCUCCUCCCUUUACCCCAUCCCCCUUCCCUUCCCGCAUUCCCCUUUCCCUUUCCCCACCCCCCCUUCCCUUCCACCAUCCCCCUUCUCUUUCCCCAUCCCCCUUCCCUAUCCCCCUCCGCCUUCCCUUCCCCCAUCCGCCUUCCCUUCCCCCAUCUCCCUUUCCCCAUCCCCCUUCUCUUUCCCCACCUCCCUUCCCUUCCCCCAUCCCCCUUCCCUUCCCACAUCCUCCUUCCCUUUCCCCAUCCUCCUUCCUUUACCCCAUCCCCCUUCCCUUCCCGCAUUCCCCUUUCCCUUUCCCCACCCCCCCUUCCCUUCCCCCAUCCCCCUUCUCUUUCCCCAUCCCCCUUCCCUUCCCCCAUCCCCCUUCCCUUCCCCCCCAUCCCCCUUCCCUUCUCGCAUCCCCUUUCCCUAUCCCCGUCCGCCUUCCCUUUCCCCAUCCCCUUUUCCCUUCCCCACACCCUCCUUUCCCUUCCUGCAUCCCCCAUUCCCCCUAUCCCUCAUCCCUUCCACCUUUUUGCCCCGCUUUCACACACUAUGCCGCCAAUCAAUCACUUCCCCCCUUCCUCCCUGCCUUCUUUCUUUCCCCAUGCCAUACCUCCCCUCGGGUUCCUCCCAUGGCUCCCCUCGGUUUCCUUUCGUCCCUCACCUCGCUUUCCUCCCAUGCCUCCCCUCGCUUUCCUCCCAUGCCUCGCCUCACCUCUGUUUCUCCACUUCUUCGGGGAGGGGGAAGCAAUCACAGCACAAGGAACAUGGAGAAGGUUCUUGGAAGGGGAGGAGGAGACGGGGGAGGGGAGAGAGGGAGGGAGGAGAGAGGGAAGGGGAGAGAGGGAAGGGGAGAGAGGGAAGGGGAGGGAAAAAACAGGUGUCAGGUGUCCCCGUAA